AGCAGACUUUGACGUUUAUCAUGUGUCUCGCCAGGUUUAAAAGAUGCGAUGCCUGGCAGACGGGGGGAAAAAGCAGCUAACAUCUUUGCUUUUGGGCCACUCGAAUAUUUGGAGGAACUUCACUCAGCGGAGCAACGAAGACAAUUCACCACACGUGUGUGAAAAUGUCUGCAAGGACCACAGCAAAGUAAGUGGAGGAAAAGGACCGUACGCGUCGACGACAGGAACAUCUUUGCUUGCAGCCGAAUGUUGUGUUGCGCACGGCAGACAUCAGUGAAGCUAUUCAUCCUAAGCAGCAGGAGCCAGAGCUCACGUGCAUUAAAGAGGAAAAUGUGCGCAAAGAGGUCCACCACAUGAAUGAACAAAUGGUGCAGAAGAUUCUUUGCACCGUAAAAGAGGAGGAAGAGCCAGAGCGGACUUGUAUUAAAGAGGAGGAUGUGGGCAAAGAGGUCCACCACAUGAAUGAACAAAUGGUGCAGAAGUUUCUUUGCACCAUAGAAGAGGAGGAAGAGCCGGAGCGGCUUUGUAUUAAAGAGGAGGGAGAAGACUCCUGUGACAUUAAAGAGGAGGAGGAUACCUUCAAGAUGCUAUCGAUUGGUGUUCCUGUGAGGAGUUUAGAUGAGGGUCAACAUGAGGUGAGCAAAGGGGCGGAGCCUCCAAGCUGCAGCUCAAGUCAACAAAUGACCAGAGAAGGUGAUGGAGACCACUGUGGAGGAUCACAAGCAGCUCAGCCAUUAGAUAGUGAUGAUGUGACGAAAAACUUUUCCUGCUCAGAUUGUGGCCGAAAAUUUGCUCAGAGGGGACGUUUAGAAAGUCACACAAGAACCCACACUGGUGAGAAACCCUUUUCAUGCUCAGAUUGUGGCCGAAAAUUUGCUCAGAGGGGACAUUUAAAAAGGCACACAAAAAUCCACACUGGCGAGAAACCCUUUUCAUGCUCAGUUUGUGGCCAAAAAUUCUCUGAGAGGGGACAUUUAAAAAAGCACACAAGAAUCCACACUGGCGAGAAACCUUUUUCAUGCUCAGUUUGUGGGCAAAAAUUCUCUCAGAAGGGAUAUUUGAAAACGCAUACAAAAAUCCACACUGGCGAGAAACCUUAUUCAUGCUCAGUUUGUGGCAAAACAUUUUCAGUGAAGAGAAACUUAGAAAUCCAUACAAGAAUCCACACUGGUGAGAAACUCUUUUCAUGCUCAGUUUGUGCCCAAAAAUUCAAUCAUAAGGGAGAUUUAAACAAGCACACAAGAAUCCACACCGGCGAGAAACCUUUUUCAUGCUCAGUUUGUGGCAAAAAAUUUUCAGUGAAGAGCGAUCUAACAAUUCACACAAGAAUCCACACUGGUGAGAAACCUUUUUCAUGUUCAGAUUGUGGCCAAAAAUUUGCUCGGAGGCACCAUUUAAAACGUCACACAAGAACCCACACUGGCGAGAAACCUUUUUCGUGCUCAGUUUGUGGCCGAAAAUUCUCUUAUAGGGUAAGUUUAAUCAGGCACACAGGAGCCCACACCUAACCCAGUUGCCUGCUCAGUCACUUGUCAAAGAGUCUCUAUUGAGAAUUCUGAGUUUCUCUGGGAGAUGAGCAAUGAUGCAUGAAGUUCUCACCUUCUAUUUGAGCAGACUUUGAGUUUAUGCAUCAAUGAUAAUUGUAUUCUAGUAUGUAGCUUUUGAUUGAGAUGCUGAACUCCUUUCCUUUACUACAGUGAGAAGUUCAUAUUUUAGUUUUAGUAAUG